GUACUUCCGCUUCCGCCGCCGCAGCAUUUCCGGAUUGGAAGAAAGGUGGCGGCGCUUUGGGCGUUUCCCCACAGGAAUAGAAUGGAAGGAGAAUCCAGCAGACUGGAAAUUCACACUCCAGUUUUUGACAAGAAAAAGAAAAAGUACUCUGUAUAUAAAGAAGGACAUUUGAGGCAUCCCCAUGAAAGUGUCAGAGACUCCCCCCUGGCAAGCGAGCCGUCUCAUGUAACCAAGAGUAAGAAAAAAAGAAAGGAUUGCCAGCAUCUUCUUCCUUCCCCUUUGAAAAAAUCAGAAAUUGGUGGUGAGACGAAAAAGGCCACUUCUGUACCCAAAAAGAAAAAAAAGAAAAAACACAGGGCUUCAGAGAUGGAUGAGGAAACAGGUGUGGUGUAUGUCUUGGUGGAUAAAGAAAAUAUCGAGAACACACCAAAGAAUUUUAGGAGGGAUGUCGAUGUCGUGUAUGUUGACAUGAGCCAGGAACAGAAGCCAGCAAAAGAGCCUGAAGCAGACGAACUGCAUUCAGUUCCUAAGUCACAUAAAAACGAGUCAGAAGAGCUGCAUCGUAAAGUUAGGGAGACAAAGAGUAGAAAACAUCGGAGGAAAGUGGCCUCCUGGGAUGCUGAGCAGGAGAGCCUGCGUGCAAGCCUCGCUCUGCCCAAGUCAGAACCACACAAGCAGGAAACCCUGCUUUCUGUGGGCCCAGGAGGUGGAAUCCCACAACUACCAGCAUCGGGCAAUAAAAAAAAGUCUAAGAAAAAAAAGAGAAAAAUUGCACAUCAUCAGGAACUUGAGGCAUUGCCUGGGCCUGAGAGUCUAGAGAGCGUGUACUCUGAAGGAUGGCAAGGGGUUGGUGAGGUCGGGACUGCAGAAGGCAGUAAGGAAGCCGGCCGUGUAAAGAAAAAGUCUAAGAAAAGGAAGCGAAGGUCUUCUCUUGAAAGUCCCGUAGCUCCUGGGGGUGAUUUUUCAGUGCCCGCAGAGAGAUUUGAGGACACACACCCUGAUUCACUGGAAGGUAAUGGUGCCCUGAUUGAAGAAAGAGCGAAACCCAGGCCACAGGAGGAGAAAACCCAGGCCUGUUUGGAAGAGGUGCAGAGGUUAGAACCUACAAAUGAAGAGGAAAGACAUUUGGAAUUGGCCAAAGAUUCUGAAACAAGAUAUUUAUCGGAAGACUCCAGAGAUUUGGGUGACUCAGAUGUGGAUUUAGACUCGGCUGUGAGGCAGCUCCAAGAGUUCAUUCCGGACAUCAAGGAAAGGGCUGCCACCACAAUCAAGCGAAUGUACCGGGAUGACUUGGGGCGGUUUAAGGAAUUUAAAGCACAGGGUGUCGCUAUUAGAUUUGGCAAGUUUUCUGUAAAGGAAAACAAGCAGUUAGAGAAAAACGUGCAAGAAUUUCUAUCCCUGACAGGAAUUGAGAGUGCAGACAAACUGCUGUACACAGACAGAUACCCAGAGGAGAAAUCUGUGAUCACCGACUUAAAAAGAAAAUAUGCAUUUAGAUUGCACAUUGGAAAGGGCAUUGCCCGGCCCUGGAAACUCGUCUACUAUCGAGCAAAGAAGAUGUUUGAUGUCAACAAUUAUAAAGGCAGGUACAGCGAGGGGGACGUGGAGAAGUUAAAGAUCUACCACUCCCUGCAUGGGAACGACUGGAAAAAGAUCGGCGAGGUGGUGGCUCGAAGCAGCCUCUCCGUCGCCUUGAAGUUCUCCCAGAUCAGCAGUCCAAGAAAUCAUGGUGCUUGGAGUAAGACGGAAACCCAGAAACUAAUCAAGGCCGUUGAAGAAGUGAUUCUAAAGAAAAUGUCUCCCCAUGAGUUAAAAGAGGUGGAUUCUAAACUCCAAGAAAACCCUGAAGGCUGCCUGUCUAUUGUUAGGGAAAAACUCUACAAGGGCAUAUCUUGGGUAGAAGUAGAAGCCAAAGUAGAAACCAGAAAUUGGAUGCAGUGUAAAAGUAAGUGGACGGAAAUCCUAACCAAGAGGAUGACGAAUGGUCGGGAUGUGUACCGCGGAGUUAAUGCUCUGCAGGCCAAAAUCAACCUCAUUGAAAGAUUGUAUGAGGUAAACGUGGAGGACACUAACGAGAUAGAUUGGGAAGACCUUGCUAGCGCCAUAGGUGAUGUUCCUCCGUCCUAUGUUCAAACUAAAUUUUAUAAGCUGAAAGCUACCUGUGUUCCCUUUUGGCAGAAGAAGACUUUUCCAGAGAUUAUAGACUACCUUUACGAGACCACCCUGCCUCUGCUUAAGGAAAAGUUAGAGAAGAAGGUGGAGAAAACAGGCACCGAAAUCCAGAGUCCCGCGACCCCCAGGCAGGCCUUCCGGUUCAGAGACAUCUUCUAUCAUGACGACAGUGAGGGAGAAGGCGGGGAGAAGAGGUAGGGGACAGUGCUGUGUCUGGCCUCCUCUCCAGGUUUGGUCGUAUUUCUGUGCAUGGGGCAGAGACGCUGCUUUCAGUACUGAUGUUUAGUAGAGAAGGGGCCAUGGCCAAAGGAAGGGGACGUCUACGCUCCUUCGUAUUAUGGAGCCUCCCAAAGCAAUUCACCCAUUCAGACUCUAGUGUGUGUGCGCGCGCAAAGAAAGAGGAGCAUCCAGAGUUUAUUUGCUAUCGCUGGACCAUUGAAGAUAAGCCCAGUUGGCAGUUUCUGUAGAACAGCAGUAUCUCAAGUCCCUCUCGCAGCAGAAGGGAGAGUCCCACCCCGUGAACAUUUCAUUGUGGAUUUCACCACACGCACACUCCCCAAAAAUGGGAACCCUGACAGUUGUAGUCAGGCACGCGUGCCAGUUUGCUUUCUGUUUUCCCAGUUGUCACUCUGUGUGCCCAGGGUAUGUGAGUUCUAGAUAAGCAUUCGCAGGGGGCCGUGGAUCUGCUGGUCUCUCAGCCUGGCUUCCAUUUGCAUGUACCUGCCUCCGUGUGCGGAUCUCAUCUUCCUGAAGGAGUCAGGUGUUUAAGGUUACGUAUUUUGCAUACAAGAUGCGUUCUCAAAGGCAGUCACUGAGUUCAUCUGGUGUUCCAGCUGGGAAAAAAAACAAAAUCCAAGACAAAAACCCAGCAGUCUCUUCCACUGCUUCCAGAGAAAUCUGGCUCUGUUAGAUGUAUGGAAAGAUGCCAUGUGGGUCUAAGGCACAGCUCACACCUCACAGAAUUUCAAGGAUAAUUUACAUGUUGGGCUAUUCCAUCAAAUUAGGAAAGCAAAACCACUCUAGGUGUUUCACACAGAGAAGGAUUUAAUGUAGGGAUUUAGGUUACAAAAUUGUUAAUAGGAUUGAGAGCGCACACGGAAAGGCUGACUUCCCGAGCCCUGGGUAACUGUGGCCCCCGCUGCCCUGCAAGGGGCAUGAGCGUUCCAGGCUCCUGGCCACACAUGAACAUGGAAGGAAGGUGUGGGUGAGCAACGCCCCGUGCAACGAUGUCACCAUCUGUGCCAAGACUGGACUCCACCGUCUCCUGAGUGUUCUCUCUGACGCCAUUUAUCUCACAUCAUGAUGUGUGCGCUGUCAGUUAAUUCACCCACAAAGCUAGACAUUUUUCCAAAGCUGCCAUACUUGGAGAAGCAAGAAUACAGAGACAGGUCUAGGAGGCUGGCCACCAGCUUAUCCUCAGCACCUGUCACAGUGUUGCACGCAUAAGAGACACUCAGUAAAUAUGCAGCAAACAAGUGGAUAUUUCUUUUUAGCAGGUAUUUUACCUUUCGUCACCUCCUAUCCAUCGAACAUACCUGUCCCCAUGCUGACGGGAAUGAAAGUUCCUUUUGGAGGACAAUCCGCUGAAAUACAUCAAAGCCUUAAGAAUGUAUUUUAUGAUCCAGCAAUUUCACUUAUAGAGAUAAAGUGGUUUCACUUUCCAGAAAUAAAAGAACUCAUGUAUAAGAA